UUAAUCUUUAAUCGACUCAUCCGGUGAGUUUCGAGUUUGAUUUGAAUUGAAUUGUCAUCUCUUAUGGGACUUACCCGAGCAACGUCGGACCCCACCUAAAAAAAAAAUUGUAAAGAAAAUAAAACCCGUGGGACUGUUGUCUGACCAAAGCAAACCCAAAAAUAGGUGUUCCCCCGGUAACCUGGUACCGGCGGCAGCAUCGGAGGAGAGAGAAUGGAGAAACCAACCGAAGAAGAAGUAGAAAAGGCAGAAUUCGAUCCAUCAGAAAUUGAAUACAUAAACUAUGGUGGUGAACAUCACCUUCCUCUAAUCAUGCACCUUGUUGAUCAAGAACUCAGCGAACCUUACUCCAUCUUCACUUAUCGCUACUUCGUCUACCUUUGGCCUCAGCUCUGCUUUCUCGCGUUUCAUAGAGGAAGGUGUGUGGGAACAGUGGUGUGUAAAAUGGGGGAACAUCGUCAUACUUUUAGAGGCUACAUUGCUAUGCUUGUUGUCAUCAAAGCUUACAGAGGCAAAGGCAUUGCCACUGACCUAGUUACAAGAUCAAUCAAGGUGAUGAUGGAAUCUGGUUGUGAUGAGGUAACUUUGGAGGCUGAAGUUACAAAUAAAGGAGCUCUUGCAUUAUAUGGCGGUCUUGGGUUUAUUAGAGCGAAAAGGCUUUUCAGAUACUACUUGAAUGGGGUUGAUGCUUUCCGACUGAAAUUGUUGUUUCCCCGUCCAGACUUACAACCGUCCUUGCAGACCUUGGCUUACAAAGAUGAGCAUGAUUUUCAAAUCCCAAUUGAAGGUUGUAGCACUAAUUGUUCUAAAUUUUGAUCAAUAGUUGAAAAGGGUAUCUACAAUAUUCUACAUUUAGUAAAAAAAAAAAAUAUGUAUCCUAAUUGAAUUAAUUUCAUCAGAAAUUAUUAUUUUUCGCUCUUUGCGUGAAGGAAAGGCAACUGCAUGGUUGAUUCUUUCCAAUCUUUUAACACUUGAAUGUUUUUCUGUGAGAGAAUAGCUCCGAUGCAGCCCUGACAAUUAGAAACAAGCAACAUUACUUGGUUGAAAUGAUCCUCUUAUUAGGAAGUUUAUUUUUUGUGUUUGUAAUCUGUCUUUUUUAUUUUCGGAUACAUUUUGUACUCCACAGUUUUUUGGAAAGAAAUGUCUGCUAAACUUAA